UGUAACUCCACUUGAGCCCAGGUAAAAGCAGGUAAUUAGAACAACGAGGAAGGCUUUACUGGACUUACCGUGUCGCUUCUUUCAGCUGCGCGAGCGUAGGGCCGGUCAUGAAUCCGCCGCAGGGGAGUGACGAGCGGGUGGUUUUCACGCAGCUAAAGCCGGUGAGGAUGUCCAGAGCAGCGGACGGUGCCGAGGACUCAUCCGUGUUUGAGGACGUUAAACCCGGGGCCCAGUUGGAGAUGGACAAAUACCUCCCGCAGAUCACCAGCUCGCUCUUGAGUCCUGCCAUCAACCUGACUGACAAGAAGUACCGGCGGGAGAGCGCCUCUGUGGUGGACGAGUACUUCUCUGAAGACAAGCCCGGUGCCCCCUACAGCCUCAACAUCAACGUCAUCCUCCCCAGCUCCGGCCACCUGCGCACAGGCCUCUAUCGCCACAACGUCAAGACCCUGGCCCCCACGCAGAUCAAGACCGAGCCCGGACUGGAGGUGCCCUGCUCUUCUGCCAGCACCCAGGCCCUGCCGGAAUUCACCUCAGUGUUCAAUGUUCCCCCCGUGGUCAAUGGUGUCUUCAUCAAGCCGGACCUGAGCUCUGGGGCUGUCACCCUUUCUGGCGGGUCACAGUCACAACAGAGUUUGGACACAGAGCUUCAUAUCGGACCCCAGGCCCCUCAGCCGCAGGUCUACCACAUGCCAGUCAACAACGCGGCAGACCUUACCAUGACUCUGUCCCACUCCGUACCCACGGCGUCUGGUUCUCGGACCAUGCUGAACCUCGGCAAUGCCAGCAAUGGGGGUGGCUACAUGUUGGCCGAGCACCAGUUGGGAGCGCAUCACGGUUACUACCAGGCGUCUGCCGCCCAGCAUGCAGGCCCACACAGCUUGCCACCCUCGCCCCCAAACUCGCAACCGGGCAGCCCUGAUGCUCAGCCCGAACUGCUGAGUUUGGCCAGCCAGCCGCCGCCCCCAUACCAACAGCAUCUAGUGGGCGGGAUAAAAGUGACGGGGUUGUCCCCUCACGCCAUGCUGAUGACACACGGCCAGGGCGUCCUGACAGGGCCCAAAUACAACAGGCGGAACAAUCCAGAGCUGGAGAAGAGGAGGAUUCAUUUCUGCGACUACCCAGGCUGCACAAAAGUUUACACAAAGAGCUCGCAUCUGAAGGCGCAUCAGAGGACGCACACAGGCGAGAAGCCGUACCGCUGCACGUGGGACAACUGCGACUGGCGCUUCGCCCGCUCCGACGAGCUGACCCGACACUACCGCAAACACACGGGCGCCAAACCCUUCAAGUGCGUGGCCUGCAGCCGAUGCUUCUCGCGCUCGGACCACCUGGCCCUGCACAUGAAGCGCCAUCAGAACUGAGAAACCCCCAAAUAGAGCCCGGUGGGAUCCACCGCAGGAAGCACGGACAAGUGGGAAAAUUUCACCGUAGACUAUUUUUCUUCUUUGUUUUUUUCCUAACCACAAUACAUUUGGUCAAAAUUAACUUGACAAAUUACUAAAGAAAUGUAAAUAUGGCAAGUGAAGCACAAAAUCUCUGAUUCACACACAAUAAAAAAAGUGAAGUCACGGCAAGUGUUGUGUGAAACCUAUGCCAAGGUCAAACUGUUUUUGUCAACUCACACGUUGGCAUUUAGCCGUUGAAAUUUGUUCCGUUUUUAACGUGGGAAAAAAAAUCUCAUUGAACCCUAGAAAUUUUAGCUUCUUCCUUGACGCAUGCAUCACAUUUCCACAAAAAUUUUGUGAAAAUUGGUUACGUUUUUGACAAAAUUGUCAAAAUCGGUUGCAUUUUUUUUUUUUUUUUACUAAAUUGAAUCCAAAUCGAUUACGCUUUAGACCAAAUUUUGUCAAAAUCAAUUGUUUUUGACUUAAGAAAUGACCCCCAAAAAAACUCAUGACAAGUGGAAUGCAAUAGCCUCCUUCUACCAAGGCCCCCAAAAAUCUCAGAUUCGAGCUUAAAAAAAAAAAAAAAAAAAAAAAAGCAAGCUUCUUCCUUGAAUCAUGCAUCAUCUUUCCACAAAAUUUGGUUGAAUUCUGAUACAUCUUUAACUUGACAAAAAAAUGUAACAUCAUGGCAAGUGGACUUUGAAACCUUCACUGAGGCCUCCAUUUUUUUUCCUUGACUCUCGCCACUCCUUUGUUUUUGUUAAAAAAAUACUAUUAAAAAAACUAACUAACAAGUGUGGGGGGAAAAAAAACUCAAGGCAGAAGAAUAAUUCGUAGAUAUGCACGAGAAUUUUGAUGACUUAUUUUUUUUCCCCAACUGUUGACAUUGGGCAACGUCAAACGAUGAAAAAAGUAAACUCCCGAGUGGGGAAUUCAUUAAAUCUGCUGCGAACAAAAACAAUUACGUGUUUUAACUUUUAUUAACUCAUGCUCCAACUUGCCGCAAAAUUUCAUCGAAAUCGGUUCUGUUGCUUUCACGAAAAAACACAAACUCAUCAAGACUUUUUUGCAAUAUUGACAAAAGUACUAGCAGCAGAAAUAAUUAAACUGGUUAUUUCUUGGCUAAUGCGCUACGUAUACAAAAUUUCUUCAGAAUGUUACGUUUUCAAUUACGACAACAACAAAAAAACUUGUCAGAGCAAAUCAGGCAAACUACUUUUUUGCCUUUGUAUACAUUGUCAUUUUCAUUUUGUAUACAGUCUUUACUCAUUCAUUGGUGAGAUUUUGUCUGUGCUAAUUCUUCCUUUUUCACUAUAAAUUUCCAAACUUUCUGUUGGACAGGUGGAUGCCCCACUUCACUGUCAUUGUAAAUAUGUUUAUAUAUCUAUUGUGCCUACGAGGAUAUUUUUUAAAAAAAAUGAAUGUAUUUAGAUUUAUAGUAUACUUGACUUUGUUUUCUUUCCACGUUUUGUUGAUAAGAGUCAAAACUUCUCAAGUGUGUUUAAGGGGAGAAAACAAAAAGGAAUAAAAUAGAAUUGGAAUUAGUCAUGGACUGGUUCUGCCUGUUUUGGAGGUGACGGAGCAUAGUGGUUAGCUGAUGUUUGUGUUGGUUGCUUCCGAUGGCAACCAAGUGAACUAAUCAACAAUUUUAUAAUGUCCAUUUUUUUUUUAAUCAUUUGGAAAAAAAUAGUUUUAACCCCCCCCACCCAUCAAUUCACCAUGGUUAAAUCUUUUAUUUCAAUGCAUAAAAGCCCUUUUUUAGUUUGUUUGUUUUUGGUUUUUUUUAAAUGGCUUUGCAAGGAUUCAAGUUGUCCAACUGGAGCAUGGACAUAAACGGCAGCAAAAAAAAAAAGUGUAAUUUAAAAAAUGUUUUCAUGGCUUUUGUAAAUAUUUCUAUGGUUUUUACUUCAUCUCAUCAGCAUUUGAAUGUUGAAUCGGUAUGUUCAUCAAGAGCCUUUGUGGUGUUUUCUAUUUUUUGAGUUAAAGUUUUUUGAGAUAAUAAAAAAUGACCUACAUGACUUUUUCCCUUCUCUUUUAAAUAUGAGCAGUGGAAACUGUUAAUCUAUUAAUUUUAUUUUAUCUGUGAACUUUUUUUUAACUACCCAACAAUAGCAUGUAUCUCCAAAUUUUGUACAAUUUCUGUUUUCAUCUGAAAUAUAGCAAAUGUUUUUUUUUCUAAUAAAAACAUACUUAUUUUUA